UACCUCCAGCUCGGACAAAAGGUUUACCUCCCUUACUCUGGUCAUCUGUAAAAAGACGACCCUCUCAGACGGGUAAUCAAAAAGCGGUAGCAGCCCUCCUCUUUCCUCAUUCCGACCGUUCUCCUCUUUACCCACUUCCCGACAAAAACCCAAAAACAGAAAAACCUAAAAAAAAUAAAUAAAAAAUCAGCCCUUCGUACAACCCCAAUCCUCCCCACACCCAUUUCCAACCUUCUCCCCAUUUUCUUCAUUUCUUCAUAGUAAUGUGAAAAACCCCAAUUUCAAUUUUUCUCCCCUUCGAAUUUGACCUAAAUUUCAAUUCAUUUGGAUGGGGAACUGCUGCCGAUCUCCGGCUGCCGCAGCUCGCGAGGAUGUGAAAUCCAACCAUCCCGCUCAUGAUCACGCCCGCAAGCACAAGGACGGCUCUGGCGGCCCCAAGAAGCUCACCGUCUUGAGCGGGAUCUCCAAAGAAGGGAUCGAGGACAAGUACGUGGUGGACCGUGAGCUGGGCCGCGGCGAGUUUGGUGUUACUUACCUCUGCAUCGACCGUGACACCCGUGAGCUCCUUGCCUGCAAGUCCAUCCUCAAGCGGAAGCUGCGGACCGCAGUCGAUGUGGAGGAUGUGAGGAGAGAGGUGGCCAUCAUGAACCACCUUCCCAAGGACUCGAGCAUUGUGAGCUUGAAGGAGGCCCGUGAAGACGACAACGCAGUCCACCUUGUGAUGGAGCUCUGCGAGGGUGGGGAGCUGUUUGAUAGGAUUGUGGCCCGUGGGCAUUACUCGGAGCGGGCUGCUGCGGCUGUCACUCGGACAAUCGUGGAGGUUGUGCAGCUGUGCCACAAGCAUGGUGUGAUCCAUCGGGACCUUAAGCCUGAGAACUUUUUGUUUGCAAACAAGAAGGAGAAUUCACCUUUGAAGGCAAUCGACUUCGGGCUGUCCAUAUUCUUUAAACCAGGUGAAAGGUUCUCUGAAAUUGUUGGAAGUCCAUAUUACAUGGCUCCAGAAGUACUCAAGCGGAACUAUGGACCUGAAAUAGAUAUAUGGAGUGCAGGAGUCAUUCUUUACAUUUUACUAUGUGGGGUCCCGCCAUUUUGGGCUGAGUCAGAACAAGGUGUUGCACUGGCCAUUCUUCGUGGACACAUUGAUUUUAAACGGGAUCCAUGGACAAGCAUUUCAGAGAAUGCUAAGAAUCUGGUUCGACAGAUGUUGGAGCCUGACCCAAAGCUUAGGUUAACUGCAAAACAAGUGCUCGAGCAUCCAUGGCUCCAGAAUGCAAAUAAAGCUCCAAAUGUUCCUCUUGGAGAUGUUGUCAAGUCCAGACUUAAGCAGUUUUCAAUGAUGAACAGAUUCAAAAGGACGGCUCUGAGGGUUAUUGCGGAGCAUUUAUCAAUCGAAGAAGUAGAAGACCUUAAAGAAAUGUUCAGGAUGAUGGACACAGAUAAUGACAGUGCCGUUUCCUUUGAGGAACUGAAAGCUGGAAUUCAGAAAUCUGGUUACCAGCUUGCAGAGUCUGAACUACAGACGCUUGCAGAAGCAGUAGAUACCAAUGGUAAAGGAGCAUUAGACUAUGAAGAAUUUGUUGCCGUGUUCCUUCAUUUCCAAAGGAUGGCCAACGAUGAGCAUCUCCGCAAGGCUUUCUCACACUUUGAUAAAGAUGGCAGUGGUUAUAUUGAGCUUGAUGAGCUUAGGGAAGCCUUGGUGGAAGAUGGCGCUGCUGAUGGUUCAGAUGUGGCCAAUGACAUCUUCCAAGAAGUAGACACUGACAAGGAUGGACGGAUCAACUAUGAUGAAUUCGUGGCGAUGAUGAAAACAGGAACAGAUUGGAGAAAGGCUUCUCGACAUUACUCGAGAGGGAGAUUUAACAGUCUCAGCAUAAGACUGAUGAAGGAUGGGUCCCUAAACUUGGCCAGUGAGGGUUGAUACUAGUGAAGUUAGGUUUCAUUCAUCUAUGAUCAUUCCACGUGUGAAGCUGACUUGUUUAUUCUUAAUUAUUUUGGGCAGGUGUUUGAUUAGGUGGCCCUCUUUUGAUUGGCUUGCAAGUAUCAUCGAGGUGUUAAUGCAUGUGAUCGCCUCUGUCAAUGUUUAUGGGUAAUGUCAAUCCACUUCCACUUCAGGAUGUUGGUGCCUAAGAAUUCUGGAACGCAUGAUUUGGUUGCCUUACGAUGAUUGAUAUCUUCAAUUUGUAGAGAAAAAGAAAAAGAAAAAAAGAAAAAGAAAAAAAAGAA